UCUUUUGAUCUUUCAACUUUGACCCUACAUAAUGAAUAUUCAUGAUAAUAUAUGUGGCUGAUUUUGAGUGAUUGUGUGGCAAGAAACAUACGAAUUCUGCAAGGUUCUUUUGUCUCUUCUUGUCGACCAAUCUAACGCCAGUUCAAAACAGUUGGAUUGAUUGAAAGUGAAAGAUGAUACUUAACUCUUUUCAAAUUUAGAUCUUCUCAUGAUGGCUUUAAAAGUUGUACCAAAGGAAUUGAUUUCAGUGAACUUAUUCUGUGAAUAGUUUAUCUCCCAACAAACUCGAAUACAGUAAGCAUCCAGUGAGGAACGUUUCUUAAAUCUAAAAAAAAUACCAGACAAUUUUGAAAAACUGUUGUUGAGUAUUUGAAGAUUCGCUAGAGAUGACGACAAACUGAUGAUAAACAGCUCAAAAGCUCUAACAGAUAUUUUACGACUUAUCUGCUGUAAAAUGACAAACCACUGAUAGGUCCAUCCAAAAUGUAUAAUUUAUAAACUUUUACAAAUCACUUUUUGUUGGUCGUUUGAACUGGAAGCCUCCCAAUCUCCACCAUGAGUGUCGGACCACUAAUUGGCGAGAUCACAUGUGUGUUUCUUCUAUCCGCUUUUCUGCUCCACCAAUAUGGCGACUGGAGGAAGCAGCAUAUAUUGGUUACCGUGACCACAUUUGUAUCCUGGUAUUUUUCCUUCAUCAUCAUCUUCAUGAUACCAUUGGAUGUCUCAACGACGUUUUACAAACAAUGCGUGGAAGAAAGUAUGCAUAAAAUGGCCACCACACAAGAAUUGUCAUUAUUGGAUUCAGUCACCACAAAGAUCCUUAAUACCUCCACAACUAACGGCUCCUCUUCCCCCUCGCGAGUUGCUAGAGACGCGACGAUCAAAGUCUGCGAGAAGCCGUGGAGUUACAUUCCAGAGGACAUCCUACCGGAUAUUUGGCUGAUCGUGUAUUGGACAACAUUCCUCCUGACGUGGAUCAUCAUGCCUCUCAUGAAAUCCUACGCAAACGCCGGUGACUUCACCAUCAGCGGUAAACUCAAAUCAGCGUUCAUAGAGAAUGCCAUUUGGUACGGGAGCUACCUGCUCAUAUUCGGAGUGCUACUCAUCUAUGUGGCUGCUAAUCCAAAUCUGCAGUUAGACGGGUCCAAACUCCAAGUGAUAGGCAUCACAGCGAGCAACACAUGGGGUCUCUUUCUCUUGGUGUUACUCUUAGGCUACGGCCUGGUGGAGGUCCCACGCCACUUCUGGGCCCAGUCCAGGAAGGGCUACCUCUUAAACUUCACCUACUUCCAGAUUGCGAAGCUCAGUCUGGAGAGAUCCGAGGCCACCGAAGAAUUGGAAGAUCUUCUGGAGGAUAUUCGUAGGGCAUCCGACGCUGUCCGAUAUAACAACCCUGUCCGUCGACACGUUAACACCAUCAUCAGCAAGUGUCCUGAUAACUUUCAAGAGUCGCUGUCUAAACAUCUUGACGAUUUUAAAGACUACUCGGAUAACAGGCCUCAGAUACCGUCUGAGAAGGAGUUAGUCCGCCUCCACAGGAAGCUGAUCUUUGCCUCUCAGGCCAAGAAGAGGACGGACGCUCAGUGGGACGUCUUGAUGAAGAAAGCACUCCAUCUUGAAGAUGUGCAGAAGAAUGAAGCAAACCUUACAAGACAAUUCAAGCAUUCGUUCGACCCCAACUAUUCCUUUGUGGCUAGCUACGUGUGCUCCCCAUCAGUGGAGUGGUAUUGGUACGUCUGGUUGAUGCCAACGAUGUUGAAGGUUAUCUCAAUCCUCCUGUUAAUGUUCUCAUUGGUCGUCGUUUGGUCUGAGGUCACAUUCUUCAGCAUCGACCCGGAGCUCUCACUCUUUGCUAUCGUCAUCAACGCCGCUGUCAAUGACUACAAUUAUCUCUGUAUUGAGAUCUUGUCGUGCAUCAUCAUUGCGUACCUCUGCUGGUGUUCUUACUACACCGUCUUCAAGGUGCGUGUGUUCAACUAUUACUACUUGGCUCCUCAUCAUCAGACGGAUGAGAACAGUCUCCUCUUCUGUGGCAUGAUGUUGUGCCGUCUGACCCCAUCACUCUGCCUGAACUUCUUGGGGCUGAUCCAUCUCGAUGGUCACGUAACCGGCAAACAAGACAUGAUUGAGACGUCUUACACAUCGAUAAUGGGACGUCACAUUGACGUCUUACCGUUCAUGGAGGCUGGGUUCUAUAUCUACUACCCAAUCACCGUCGUCCUUCUCUGCAUUGCAACCUACUUCCAUCUCGGCAGUCGCUGCUUAUCAUUCCUUGGUUUCCAGCAGUUCGUCGGAGAUGAAGACAUGACCACCGAUCUUAUGAGUGAAGGACAGCAGCUUGUCAAACGAGAGAGAAGAAACCGUCAGCGGCAAAUUGACGGGGACGCGAGAAGGAAAAACUUCCGGGAACAGUUCCCAACUCGAGAGAACGGCUCGGGGCCGGUCAGCGGAUCUCGCUUCGGUAGCAAGCCCAGGGGCAGCGACAGUGACACCAGCCGGACCAGCACUGGGUCUUUCAGCACAAAGGCAAAAUACAGCAGACGAGAGCCUGAAGAUUCUCGCGUGGAGUUACUCCGCGACAGCGAACCCAUUGACUAUAACGAAGAGAGUGCAGCCGAGUUCACCGACGCCGUGCCGGCCUACAGCAGCAGAAGGAAGUCCAGUGGACGGCACAGCGGCGGGUACUCGUCGGAUAACACCAUGGGUCGGAGUAGUGGGCUGGGGAAGUCGCAGCAGAGUGCAAAAGGGAUCUUUGACGAUGUGUGAGAAGUUGAUGUUUGGAUGACUUUGAGAGGCAGCAGCCAUUUUUACGAAACGCUAGGAUUAAUCCUAUCUCAAGUUAGGAUGUGUUUAAUGUGCCCUAUCGUCUAUGGUUACUUAACUUGUCCUAAGUCCUAAGAUUAAUCCGAAGUUAGAAAGAGUUUGGUGAAACCGAUGGCUGGUUUUGUAUAGGAAAAGGAAGUUGUUCGUUGAGACUUUUCAGUAUUUCUGGAUGUGCGAAAGGUUGAUGUUCUGACAACUUUAUGCGAUGGGUUUCGUAUAGGAUAAGGACGUUACUCAAUGAGUCUUUUCUGUAUUCCUUGAGAGGGAUAUCGGAAAAGUUGAAAUUCUGAUGACUUUUUAUAAGAAGAAGUUUUUUUUACAGGAAAUGGAAGUUGUUCGAUGAGACUUUUAUGUAUUCCUGGAGAGAGAUGGUGUUUGAAAAGUUGAUGUUCUGACGACUUUUUAGCAGCAGGAUAAGCAAGAUUCUAGGUGAGACAAUUCUAUGUUUCUGGCGACCAUUUUUGAAAACAAUUGCUUAGACGCCUGGGUGCAAUUCAGGGUCGUAACCAAUAACUGUUAACCCAUAACGGGCAAGGGCGGGUAAUCAACCAAUGGCAAGUUCAACCGAAACAGUUAUUGGUUACAAGCACAAAUAUUCACUCCAGCCUACGCACCCUCCCUAUGUUUGAAGUCCUGUAUAUUGAAAGGGUCUGUUUUGAAGAUAACUAAAAGUCUUGGUGCCAAAAAGGGCUAAAUAAAAGAUAUCGCUUUAUCAAAGAGGUGACAUCUCAAGUAAGAUAGACAUGUACUUAGACUUUCCAUUAUGGGUGGUUCACAAUACAGUGCACUAUCCAAAGUUUACCUAGGAGUGGCUUGUUUCGAAAAGUAUCAACUUAACCGGGGAAAAGGUUGACUUUGCCUGCCUUGCAGUUGAAGCGGCAUGGUCUUAUUUCUCUGCUGUGUUUAUCAUGUAAGAUAGUUUGGCAUUUCUGGGGUCGGUGAAUGUUUUUAUGCCAGCUUUUUGGAAGGUGCAAAACUAUCCAUGUUGAGUUGUGAGUGUGAUAAUUAUUUUGAGUGGAAUGCUUGUAGAGAGAAUGAACUUUCCCGGUUAAACUGAAGAGGGCGGUCUAUUUUGUGUUUUAUCAGAGUCUCUGUACCAUAGAGCUAUAGAAGUUCUUAUAUAGCUCUAUGCUCUGUACUUACUGCUUCUAAAAGUGGGAGUUUGUUAUAUAAUAUAAUAUAUUAACUCAUACAUUGAAUAUCAGUAUUUGUUUUGUUUGAUGUUCUACAAACUAAUGUAGUAUUUAUUUAGAGGAACAAAAAAACAGAAAGACAUGAAACAAAACUAUAAAAAAAAAUCGAAAUCAAUUUUUUUUGUAGUAAGUUUGU